CCUGCGCCAUGGCCACCUCCGCUGCCUCUUCGGAGCAUUUCGAGAAACUUCACGAGAUCUUCCGCGGCCUCCAUGAAGACCUGCGAGGGGUGCCGGAGCGGCUCCUGGGGACAGCGGGGACAGAAGAGAAGAAAAAACUGAUCAGAGAUUUUGAUGAAAAGCAACAGGAAGCAAAUGAAACGCUGGCAGAGAUGGAAGAGGAACUACGUUAUGCACCUCUGUCUUUCCGUAACCCUAUGAUGUCUAAGCUUCGAACCUACCGGAAGGACCUUGCUAAACUCCAUCGGGAAGUGAGAAGCACACCUUUGACAGCCACACCUGGGGGCCGAGGAGACAUGAAAUAUGGCACAUACACUGUAGAGAAUGAGCAUAUGAAUCGGCUACAGUCUCAAAGGGCAUUGCUUCUGCAAGGCACUGACAGCCUGAACCGGGCCACCCAGAGUAUUGAGCGUUCUCAUCGGAUUGCCACAGAGACUGACCAGAUUGGCUCAGAAAUCAUAGAAGAGCUGGGUGAGCAACGUGAUCAGUUGGAGCGUACUAAGAGUAGGCUGGUAAACACAAGUGAAAACUUGAGCAAAAGUCGAAAGAUUCUCCGUUCAAUGUCCAGAAAAGUGACAACCAACAAGCUGCUACUUUCCAUCGUCAUCUUACUGGAGCUGGCCAUCCUAGGGGGUCUGGUUUAUUACAAAUUCUUUCAUAAGCAUUGAACUUCCUAGAGGGAAGGGUUUGCGGACCAGAACUUUGACCCUGUGAAUGAAUGGUGUUAGGGAUGGGGAAUAAGCGGAGUGCUGCUGUAAGGUAAUGGUUCAAGGAUGCACUGUGUAGCUAGACUGGGAGAAGGGAGGGAAGACAGAAAACCACUUUACUGUGAAGGAACAGCAACAAGACCAGUAUGAUAUACCAAGGUAAUAAAUGCUGUUUAUGACUCCUUUAAAUUUA